CAUUUCUUGUUAUUCGUAAUAACAUUUAAUUAAUAUAUUAAAGUCUAUGCAGUAUUUACAAAAUGAACAAAUUCGUAUUAUUGUGACAGUGUGUGGUGAUGUGAAGCUUACCAGUCCCAAUUGAAGAAUGAGGCAAAGCAAAGAAGUUUCUAUUUAAAUAUUUGUUGAAAUUCAUUUUGUUGUCUGUUUGGAGCGCUACAUACAUACGUUCAUGUGUAUGUAUGUAUGUACACAUUUGUAUUUAUAUCAUCAAGGAAGGCACCGAUACCCCGAUACUACGAUAUCGAUAAGCAAACGUAGCUUAGCACGCAUCUCUAAACGAAACUAAUUCGGCGACAAUUUUUUUUUUUUUUUUUUGUUAAUUGGGGAGAGGAAAAAUAUCACCUAAAAUUCAAUCAGUGCAAGAUUUCUAGCAAAAGUGGGAGCGUGGUGGGAGCACAAUGAGUGUGUUGGCAUAUCCACGUACAAAUGAUGAGGAGAUUUUUCGACAGUGCACAAAGGAUUGUGGCGUUGUGACGGCCACGGAGGACUUUCAGUAUUUCGCCUUACGCUGCAUUUUCUGCAGCGAGAAGUUUCUCUACUUCGAUGCAUUCAUCGGUCACAUGCAAACUGUGCAUCUCGAAGAUGCAGCCCAUCGCAGCAACAGCAGCUCUGGCUACAGACUGGGCCUGGGGUUGGGAUUGGGCUUGGGCCAACCUAUGUCCAUAGGCCUAGACGAUGCUGAUGGUGAUGGCGACGACGUUGAUGACGGCAGCGGCGUAGGAGGGCGACUUGGUUAUGGCAAUGGAAGCAGCUUAUUGCAACAGUUUGAUGAGAUUGAAGACUUGACCGAUGCGGACACUGCGCUGCUCGAGCCACAAAUGGUCAUCAAACAGGAGCUGCAAGAGCUAGACAGCAGCGACAAUGAUAACGACCACGAUAAUGACAACGGGAACGAUGAUGAUGCCGUAAAUGACGAUAAUCUACUGCCCGCCGAUGACACUGAUAAUGUGGACGACGACAGCGAAGCAAUUCUGCCCGAGAGUGAUCUCUCAAGGGCCAACAUCAGAUCCCGCAUGAAAUUGGCUGGACCACCGCCAUACCUGGGACGGCACGGCAGUGGCUCCAAUGUGGUCGAUGUGAAGAACGAGCCGCUAACAGCCGACGGCGAUGAUUCGAUGGAUGAAUAUGAUCAUAACUAUUUGAAUGACAAUUCAAAUGAGUAUCCUGACUACAAUCCCAGCAGCUAUAAUGCAGGACAUGGCAACAACAGUGCAGCUGGUGGCGAAUCUGAUUUUCUCAGCUAUGAUGAAAUGGUGGAGGAAUCUCUGUUAGGCCGCGAUCGGGAGCUGACCAUGCACAUCAAGGAUCGCAAGAUGAUACAAUUCCUGAUACACUCUUACAAGCGCAAUCCCUUUCUGUGGGAUCACAGUCAUGCCCAGUUCCGGGAUCGCGUGAAACGCGCUCGCUUCCUCGACUGGAUUGUGCUCGAGUUUAAGAAUCGCUUUAACAUCUCACUGGCCAAGGAUGCGAUCACAAGGAAAUGGGACAAUCUGCGCACUGUUUACAAGCGCGAAUGCAAUCGCAUGGCUCUCGAGAAGACGAACAUCAGCACUCUCUGGUAUUUCAAGGAGCUGCAUUUUCUUAACGAACUUUACAGUUACAACUCGAAAAUGUCCGACGCCGUUGUCAAGGAAACCUCAUACAGACGACGCUUUUCGGCCAUAUGGAACGAUACCUCUACCGCCAAACUGCUCGUUAUGGUUAAGCGCUAUCAGUGCUUCUACAAUCGCUUCGAUCCCGACUAUCGUAGCAAGGAGCGACGCGGCGAGGGGCUGCAACAAAUGGCUAUGGAAUUGCAGCAGCUCAUCGAUGUAACCACCAUACAAAUCUCGAAACGUAUCUCUCAGUUGCGCUUUGAUUACUCCAAACAGAAGAUGGAACGUUUGAACGCCGAACGCAUGGGUCGAAAAUUUAUACCGAAUUACAUUUACUACGAUCAAAUGCACUUCAUGGACGAUGACAUUCCGCCAUUCAAGUGCGAACAUUGCGGCGAAAUAGUGCAAACGUUGCGGGAACUCGAUCUGCAUAUGCUCAGCCAUCAGCCAAGUCUGGGCGGCAGUUACUAUUGCAAUGUGUGCAGCAUUCAGUUCAACACAGGCGAAGAGUUUGAGAACCAUAAGCAACUGCAUUUGGGCGCGGGCAACGAAGUCAAAUAUAAUUGCGAGUUGUGCACGGCCAGUUUUCGCGAGAAGUCCAAUUACGAUGAGCAUUUGAGACGCCACAACGAUGAGCUAUUCCUGCCCACAUUGGCACUGAAUCACAGUAUACUCGAUAGCGGUAGCGGCGAUGCAGAUGCUGCUGGCAGCGGAGCUACUGAUGUUUCCCUGGUGGGCGACGACGACGAACUAUUCGCCGGGGAUGGAUCGAAGCCAUUCCCCUGCGAGGUUUGUCAUCGCACGUUUGCAUCGCCGGGACACUUAAAUGCGCAUCGGGUGGUGCAUCAGGAUGAGCGAGAGCGAUGCUACAAAUGCGAUUAUCCGCAAUGUAGUAAAUCGUUUGUCUCGCGUCACAGUCUCUUCGAUCACUUGAAGCAACACUACAGCAACGAGGAGUUCAAGUGCGACAUCUGCGGCAAGAGCUUCAAGUCUACCAAGAAUCUACAGAAUCACAAACAGAUACACGACAAGGUCAAGCGCUACGUUUGCCAAAUAUGCGGCUCGGCAUUCGCCCAAGCCGCUGGCCUCUACCUGCACAAGCGUCGUCACAAUCGUCCCAAUGGCAGCACCGGCGCCGUCGGUGGUCGCUCCAGUCGCACCACACUGUGAGCCAGCCACCCGCUGAUAUAUAGUAAAGAAGAUCAAUCAACAGAUCUAAGUUAUUGCAGCUAUGCAUUUCCCCCACCCCUAAGAAAUGAAUGACACAUCCACAAGCUAUGUUUAUAUUUUUUUUUUAACGAUUAUUAUAAGUUGUAUUUGAGUUGUAUACAUUUCACACAGCUGUACUUAAGCUUCUAAGUAUUUUACAAUCAAACUAAAAUUGUCCGUAACUAAGCCAAGAACUUUAAUAUGUAGAUAUAAACAUUACACAUACGCACUAUAUUUACUGAUUAUUGUAUUCGUGAAUGCAAUAUAUGUAGAAACAAAAAGAAAAGAAAAGAUCUGCCGUCUUGCUCGCACAGCAGCUGAACGUCUCAAUUUGGUGGCAAAAAAAGGAAAGAAAAAAACGAAAGAGAUGAAAAGCGUAACUUUAGUUAACAAUUUAGAUUAUUAUUAUGAGUUUAAAGACAAAACAAAACAGAAUAAUACCCCCCAAAAUGUGCUUCACUGACAUUGAGGCAAACACACACAUUCCAAUUCCACAACACUAGUUAAAUGAUUAAUAAGUGUCAAAAGAAAACGAAACAAGUAUUUCUUACAAGUAUUCUCUAUUGUACAAUUACAAACUACGAAAAAAACCAAAACAAAUAUGUAUGCAUAUUAAUUAUAUAUUUAUUUAAAUACGCAAAGUGCGAAGUUGUAACGCGAAUCAUGCGCAGGGCCAUUAAAAUGAAAUAACAAACAAUAAUAAUUAUAUUAAUUAUAAUAACAAGAGUAACAGCGCAACAGCAAGAAUAUCAAGAAGAGUUGCUAAGCUCUGCACUUUGAAUAACAAUAACACAACUGUAAAACAUACACAACAACAAAACACACAUCAAUGUUAGUUAAUUUAAUUUACAAAUAACAUAAACGACUGAAUCUGAAAAAUACAUUUACUUACACACACAACAAACA